GUCAUCGCCUCCUCCUCCCCUCCCGGCCGAUUCUCCCAUCUGAUGCGAAGCCGCGCCGGGGAUGGCUCCGUUCACGAGCGACGGGCAGAGGAAUGGUUGACGAGGCGGCUGAAAGUUAGCCCCGAUCCGGAAGCCAGUUCUGUAUCCCACGCAUGGAACCAGCUGCUCUUUGUGGAUUUGUGUGAUGCACCAGGAUGUCGGGUAAAUGCACAAUCACUCUGCCUUUGAACUUGGCAACCAGGUGAGAUAGAGAGAUCCCUGGGAGAUGGAGGAUGAGGAUUGUGGAAGUGUGGAAUGCAGUAACAGUCCAGUCAACAGCUGAGGGUCACUAUUUGGCUUCUGGAGGAAUGGGCUAUUUUAGCCCUCGUGUAACAGCCGUUAUUCGUACUUGACCUGAUGAUCCAGCUACACCUUCUUCCUGUUCUGUCGGUGGUUUAUCAAUGGGAAAAUCAUGGUCUAUUCUCCAUUCCUGACUGCGCAUGCAGGAAGCUCAAAUGGCACAAUUGUCACUUAUGAACAUGCCUCUUUCAACUCUACAGCACGUCCAGUAAUUCACAGUGAGAUGGAAGUUCCUGUUGCUGAAGGAUCAGUGACUUACAAAGCUUCAGAAGGGAACUCUGUGGGAAAUAGCACAUCAAUCCCCUCUCAGUCAGCCUACGGGGGGAUGGGCCUCCCUCUGCAGGUCCUCCUCUCUGUGAUUAUGCUGGUGAUUGCUUUAAUUUCUUUCUUGGGGAAUUUUAUCGUCUGUCUCAUGGUCUACCAGAAGGCAGCUAUGCGAUCAGCCAUCAAUAUCCUCCUGGCAAAUCUAGCUUUUGCAGACAUGAUGCUCGCAAUAAUGAAUAUGCCUUUUGCCCUGAUCACGGUCAACACGACUUACUGGAUCUUUGGAGAUAUCUUCUGCAGGGUGUCUGCCAUGUUUUUCUGGCUGUUUGUGAUAGAGGGUGUAGUUAUUUUGCUUAUAAUUAGUAUUGAUCGAUUCCUCAUUAUUGUUCAGCGUCAAGACAAACUGAACCCUUACCGUGCUAAGCUUCUCAUCGCUGUCUCUUGGGGAUUGGCAUUUUGUAUGGCUUUUCCUCUUGCGGUCGGUAGUCCAGACUUGCCCGUACCAUCUCGAGCUCCGCAGUGUGUUUUCGGCUACUCUACGGACCCUGGUUAUCGGGUGUACGUCCUAUUAAUAAUCAUAGUGUUUUUUUUCAUCCCCUUCAUGCUGAUGUUGUACUCUUUUAUGGGCAUCCUGAACACUGUUCGGCAUAAUGCAAUCCGGAUCCAUAGCAACUCAGACAGCAUUUGUUUGGGACAAGCAAGUAAGCUAGGGCUGAUGAGCUUGCAGAAACCGUGCCAGUUGACCAUCGACAUGAGCUUCAAAACUCGUGCCUUCACCACCAUUUUGAUCCUCUUCAUCAUCUUCACUUUGUGCUCAGCACCAUUCACCACAUACAGCCUUGUUUCUACUUUCAACAAAAGUUUUUACCAUAAAGUUAACUUCUUUGAAAUAAGCACCUGGUUCCUUUGGUUGAGCUACCUCAAAUCUGCACUUAACCCUUUAAUUUACUAUUGGCGAAUCAAGAAGUUUCGGGAUGCUUGCGUGGAGUUGCUGCCGAAAACCUUUAAGUUUUUGCCUCAGCUGCCGGGACGUACCAGGAGGCGGGUUCGUCCAAGUGCCGUUUACGUUUGUGGUGAACAUCGAUCUGUCGUUUGAUAUGCAUGACGUUUUCAAAGUUUAAAUAGAGAUACUAUAUAGGCACUGCCAGCACAAUAUUGAACAAUUGUUUUGUGUGGGAUAUUUUCUUUUCUCCAAAAUUUCCUUCCUGCCUAAAUGAGAUCUCUCCAAAAUGUCCUAAAUGGGAUUCCUCCAAAAUGUCUCAAAUGGUAUUCCUCCAAGAUCUCCUAAAUGAUAUUUCCCCAAAAUGUCUCUAAAGGGAUCUCUCCAAAAUGUCUCAAAUGGUAUCCCUCCAAGAUCUCCUAAAUGAUAUUUCCCCCAAAAUGUCUCUAAAGGGAUCUCAGAAUCUGAAUCAGGUUUAUUAUCACUGGCAUGUGGCAUUAACUUUGCAGCAACAGUUCAAUGCAAUACAUAAUCAAGCAGAGAAGAAAAAAAUCAAUUACAGUAUGCAUAUAUCGAAUAGAUUAAAAAUAUGUGCAAAACGAAAAUACUGUAUAUUAAGAAAAAGUGAGGGAGUGUCCAAAGAUUCAAUGACCAUUUAGAAAUCAGAUAGCAGAGGGGAAGAAGUUGUUCCUGACUCGCUGAGUGAAUCUCUCCAAAGUCUCAAAUGGGAUCUCUCCAGGAUCUCCUAAUUGACAUUCUCCAAAAUAUUCCUGAUAAAAUUUCUCCAAACUUUCCUAUCCACCUAAAUCACCCUGCUAUUCUUGUUUGAUUGUUCUCCUCGUAGAUUAUUUAAAUGGUGAGUCAGUGUUUCUACAACGUAAAUUUGAAAAUUAUUGCCUGUGCAAUUUGUAUACUUUUGGAUUCUCCGCUGACAUUGGGCAGGCUGUGCUUCAAAGCUUGUGAAUUGUUGUUUGCUGCUCUGAUGGUGCUGAAGUGGUGAAAAUGUGCAAUUCUGUGUUUAGUGUUCUGACCACUAAAAGAAAUUAACGGUAGGAACUAAGCACAAUUGACCUCUCAGGCAAAUCCAUGAGACAUAGCAACUGUAAGCCAAUUGCGUGUUAUUUUUGUUGGUUGUUGGAUGGGGCUUGGGGAAAUCUUGGGAGGCUUUUAAAUUUUAUUUAGUUUACUACUGUAUAACGCAGAAUUGAUGUUUGAAUGUGGUGGUUGAUAGAAAAUUACUUUCAUGCUUGUUUCCAUUGUAACUUAAUGCAGAGUUUUAUUUUAUUUAUACAGGUUGUCUUGAGUAAUUCCAUUGAUACUGUGUAUGAUGAUGCAUGCAGGACACAGAGUGGUACACUCAGGGAAUAAUGUAUUUAUUACUAUGAAUUAGUUGGUGCUUGAUUCUGAAGUUCAUUAACUUUGCUUAAGUAUAUUGUGGCUCUGUAAACUUCUGUAGGGACCAAUGAUAAUUCUCAUGAUACAGUCACUUGAAAGCUGCAAAAGAAGAUUAUGAUUCAAAAUGUGUUUAUAUAUUUAGAUAUCAAGUGUAAAGAUCAUCAUCGUUAACCAAUAGAGUACAAGAUAGAUUUUAAUUUAGCCGCUGAUUUACCAGAUUAUGUUUAAAGCACCAUAUUUUAGAAUACUUAUCUGCUGUUUCAGAAUCUCAACUUACUGUGGUCAGGAGGAAAUGCUUUAGAUUCAAGGCAAAGGCAGAAUUUGUAUAUCUGAAGUGCUGAAUGCAAUCAAAUUGUUCUGAUAUGUUUUAUUAUUACUUAUUGUAUUUCUGUGAAGUCCUGGUUGUUUCUUUUAACAUUUAUGCAAUUUUGUGCCUGUAUAUAUAAGCAUAACAUUUUAUUCUCAGUUUUAUGAUAUAUUUGGGUUAUAUGAUCAGAUCCUUUUUCUAAAAAACAGAUACCUUGAGUACUCAUUUGAGUUUGAAGUAGUCUGUCUUUUGGGCACUGGAUUUCCAUAAGAGAGUUAGAUUUAUUUAUCAUAUGAACAUUGAAACAUGCAGUAAAAUGUGUCUUUUACAUUAACUACCAACACUGAGGUUGUGCUGGGGCAGCCUGCCAGUGUCGCCACACUUUUUGGUGCCAACAUAACAUGCCCACAAUGCUUGUCAGAACAACCUGGCAAACAACAAAGAAAGCCAUGCUCCUCCCUCCCUAUGCACGUACACAUUCCUCUGACCCCAAGAGACAGCUGGUGGAUGUUAUGCUGGGAUGGUAAAAAAACACGAAACAAAGGAUAUCAACAAUAUGGGCAGCCAUUCACUAUGAGUACAGAGACAAGGUUCACAACAUUCCGUUGAUAAUAAUAUCUGAUGUGUUGAGAAGUUACAAUUUUUAUUAAGAGAUACAGCUCUGUCACAGGCUAUUCUGGCCCAACGAGCCCACACCACUUAAUUAACACCCAUGUGACCAAUUAACCUACUAACCUGUACACCUUUGGAAUGUGGGAGGAAAUGCAAGAAGUUUCCCUUCAUGUUCCUUUUAAACUUUUCACCUUUCACCCUUAACUCAUGACCUCUAUUGUAGUCCCACCCAACCUCAGUGGGAAAUGAGGUUGCAUUUACUCAGUCUAUUCCCCUCAUAACUUUGUAUACAUCUAUCAAAUCUGCAGUCUGCUACGUUCUAGAGAAUACAGUCCUAACCUGUUCAGUCUUUCCAGUCCCAUCAACAUCCUUGUAACUUUUCUCUGGACUCUUUCAACCUUAUAUACAUCUUCCCCUUAGGUGUGUGUCCAAAUCUACACACAAUACUCCAGAUUAGGCUUCACCAAUGUUUUAUACAAGAUUAGGGUUAGUAAGUCUGGGAACCCAACAGCGGCACUGAAAGUAUAACAAGUUCUUGCAGGCAGCCCCAGCCCAAUUUUCGCUGAUUUGAUUUGACACAAAUGAAACCAUUUCACAGUAUGUUUUGGUGUAUGUGUGACAAAUAAAGGUAAUUUUACAGUUUUUAUUUUUAUCAUUUCCCUACUGCUUCAGUCACUGAUAUUCCGGCAAAAGUCCUCUCCUGCUGCAGCAACAUCUGAGAUGUGAUCAUACCGAGAUUCCCUGAAAACAAUUCAGAUUCUGCGGGCGCUGGAAAUCAAGAGUAACGCACACACAAUGCUGGAGGAACUCUGCAGAUCAGUCAGCAUCCAUGGUGGGGAUUAAACAGUUGCUGUUCCAGGCUGAAUCCUGAUGAAGGGUCUUGGCCCCAAACGCUGACCAUGUACUCCUCUCAACAGAUGCUGUCUGACCUACUCAGGUUCUCAUAGUGCUAAUGGCAUCCUCUGAACAGACCCUACAUAACCCAGGGAGAGGGCAAUCAGGUUCUCAUCGGGCUGCUUUAAAAAGAUUAACGAUUUAGUUCAUUGAUUGCAAAGUGCCUUGGGAUGUUUGAGGAAUGUAAUUACACACAUAUCAAAUUAGUGUCUCUUAUCCAUUUACUUAAGGAACUGUGACACACUAUUAUUUGUCUAUCAUGAUCCGCUUGAUUAUAUAACUCCCUGAGGAAAGAGUUUUGGUGAACUGAGCCAAACAAUUGAACAGAAUCACCUUAAACCAUUUACUGGGAAGCUCCCUAGGGUGCAAACUUCCAAUAUUCCUAUUUAAAUAGGAGACUCUGGAUAUACAGUAUCCCAGAGUCUUAUCGGCUGACGAGUGGUGCUAACAUACGUUGUCCAUUCCUGGUCUAGCCAGGGCUAGAUUAUUAUCCAGAAUCAAGGUUAUUACCAUUGAUGUACAGUGUAUCAUGAAAUGUGUUGUUUUGUAGUAGCAGUACAGUGUAAAACAUUCAAAAAACUGCUAUAAGGUACAAUAAAAAGGUAGAUGAAUAAAUGCACUGAAAGAGAGAGAGGUAAUAUAUGUAUCUUUGUUCUCCUGCUACGUUCCAGAUGGCACAGACAGAAAUUCUGUUGGCACACACGGAAACUUUGUUGGCAUGUGACAUGCAGUGCUGUCCCUCAAUUUUUAAACCCCACCCGUAAUAAAAAGAUUGAUUAUCGUUACAGCCAAAUGAAGCAGUGAAUGUUUUUAACAAUGCAAGAGUAGUGAGAUGUUUUCAUUGGAAAGGUCUCAUGCUGGCUCAGUGCCAGCAAAAUGGUUGCAAGAAUACGAUUUGAAAUCCUCUCAGGCCUGCUGUACACGUUGACUUUAGGAAAAUAAACAGUGGGGACAGUUGGAAUUGCCUUUGCUCUGCUUAUGUUUGCUUCCUCUGUCUUGUUUCAAAAAUGUCCGUCACCCCUGGCCUAGCACGUUGUUCGUUCAUUCGUUGUUGUAUGAUGUGGGCGAUCAUGGUCUUUCCAUGAGAAUGAUUGUUCUUGGCAGAUUUUUCUACAGGAGUGGUUUGCCAUUGGCAGUGUCUUUCCAAGGCAGGCGACCCCAGCCAUUGUCGAUACUCUUCAGAGAUUGUCUGCCUGGUGUCAAUGGUCACAUAACCAGGACUUGUGAUAUGCACUGGCUGCUCAUAUGACCAUCCACCACCCGCUCCCCUGGCUUCACUUGACCCUGAUUGGGGAGGGUGGGCUAAACAAGUGCUACACCUUACCCAAGGAUGACCUACAGGCAAGCGGAGGGACGGAGUGUCCUAGACCUCCUUUGGUAGAGACCACCCAUCUAGCACAUCAGAAGCUGAAAUAAAGAGGGCAGGAAUUAUAGAUAAUUGUUUCAUGUACUGAGAGACAGUGUAAACCACCUGUUCAUGGGCCAUGCAUCAGAUCAUGCUGUACUGUAUGUAAGUAGACCGAGGGAGUAAAACAAGAUGUACAGACGGAUAAUAAAUCACUCAAGAUUAUUUAUUGUCAUUUCCAGUACACAAGUGUAAAAGAGAAGAAAAUAACUUUUACUCCAGAUCUGAUGCAGCACAAAAAAUAUAAUAAAGAACACAAUAAAUAGAAGUACAUAAUAUAGCUUAUAUGCAUUCUGUAGAUGGAUUGUAAGUCCAUAAAGUGAUGGUAGGCACAGGAGUGUCUGUACAUAAGGUGACUGACAGGAACUGGAAAAGAAGUGGAGUUUGAAUGGGUUAGUGGGUCUGUGCUGGAUUAGCAGAGCAGAAUCAAUGGGCCAAAUGGCCUCUACUUCUGCUGCAAUGCCUUAUGGUCUUACAGAAAGUACAGACAGGGAAUUAAAGUCAUCCACGUUGUUUUGCCCACAAUAACAUAGAAACUGAACUCUUGGAUGAUGUCCUGGUUGACCCCUGGGGUGGUUCAUGGCCACAGGAUACCACCC